UUCCGGUCCUGUUUAAUAAACGCAAUGCCUCUCCAAACCUCACGGUGGCGAUGUUGACUUUUCUCUGCCGCAAUUUAACCGGAAGUGACGCCUGCACAUUUGUUCCAGCCACGGCUAGUGGGGACAUUUUAAAUUAGCAAACUGCUAAAGGGGUCGGAAAGUCGAGAACCAAUAGUUGUUAUUUCAAAUAGUAUUUAUAAAUUACACGUUUACAUUUAUAUGUUAAUCUAAGCGUAACAUGUUCAAGAGAAAAAACACAUGAGGACAGAUUUGAUUCAGAUCAACUGCCCCUGUUUAUCACAUCUCAACGGCCACUUCACAGACUCUUCCUGUGGCCCCGCCCUCCCGAGAUGACUGAUGCCCAAAAGGCCAACGAGCUCCCAGAAUGCCCAUCAGAGGGCAGGGCUACCGCUGAGGAGCAAGACAUGCCCCUGACACAAGAAACCACGCCCACCAGCUCUCCAACUUGUGAAGAGCCAAACAGCAUACAGAGUCCUGACAAAGAGCCCGCCCCCCUGCUCUCCAUGCCAUGCUUACUAAAGGAGCUACACAGAGACUCCGCCCCCGGGCAGACGCAGGAAACCGAGCCUACUUCGACCACCUGCCCGCAAGAAGACAGCGACUCCUCCGUCUGCCUGCGGUCGCCGUCCUCCUCCGGUCACCUGGGCGAUUCGGACACGCUUUCGUCGGCGGGGGAAGUUGCCGCGCCCGCCCAAGCGGCGGCCAGGAAGUCGCGCCGUUCGCAUUCUGAGAGCGACACGUCCACUGUUGCCAUGGCAGCAAAGAAGAACCGCUGCCAGGAGAAGCAGGUGAACGGCCGCAUUCGUGUCAGGGGUCCACGCAGCCAGAAACAGAAACAGCGCAUAAGACAGUUGCGGCAGAAGCGGGAGGCGGCGGCCAGGCGCAAGCCAGACGUGCUCCAGGACAGCAGCACCAGCGACAGUGACAUCACAGCCCACUCUUCAUCAUCAUCGCCAUUAACAGCCUCGUCUGACAAUGAGGGCGAGACAAUCAACUCUCACGCACCAGUGGGUCCUGCUGUGGUUGGUCACUAUGAUAUUUCAGACACACACUCUGAGCAGGAACAGCAGUCAAACUCGCUCUCAGGUGCUGUUGAGGUGCAGCCGUCUCAGGCGAGCCAGGCCUCCACAGACAGUGAGGUGGAGAUUGUCGGAGUUCAGGAGAAUCCCAGUGUUGUCUCAAGAUUUCCCCGUGGUGGCGUGAUCCAAUCCAUUUCUUCCUGGAAACAAAGAGCGCCGCCUCCAUGGACGUCAGUCUCCGCCCAGUCCGGCUGGGUUCCGCCUCCUGAGGUGGUGGACCUGACGCUGGAUGAAGACAGGCACAGAUAUCUGCUGUGAUCAGAUACAUGCACACACACUCUCAUAAACGUGAUUGGUGGGCUGAGUGACUCGAUACAAUACAAUACAAUACAUUAAAUGUCACUGCUGGAUUUAAUAACACAGACAAAAGGUUCUUGGUUGAAAAAAGUGUUUAGAGAACGAAAGCGGUCACUGUUGUAUACACUUUGAUAUAUCUGAAUAUUUAUUUGUCACUGUGAGACUGCAACACGAGUAAAUGAUGUCUGUUUUUUUAUAGGUCAGUUAGGAUUAGAUUUAUUCUUUACUAUGAUCUUCACAUUAUUUGGUCGGGGUUGAAUAAUCCUAUUUGUAAGAUAUUUACAAAAAACCUAAAAACCUUACUUAAAAAGUACUUAUAGUCUGCAAGACAUUCUGGGGCUUCUUUACAGAAAUAAAUAUGGAUUGUGAAAUGGUCGCAAGACCUUUACCCAGGUCAUAUUUUACCCCAAAACAGAAAGACAAAAAUAUUCUCUGAAAAUAAUUUAUUCUGCUUUGUGUUUGGUUGAUUUUGUAUAAUUGACAUGAGUUAAAGUUUUGGGGGGUAUUUUCCCAAUGCAAAAUAUAAGUGUAUUCUUCUCAUUAUGUGUUAAAACAUCAACUUUUUAGAAGAUUCACACAACACUUGUUGAUUCAGACUUCAGUUUAUCACUAAUUCAAGGAUUCUUCGUCUGAUUUUAAGAUUAAAAUUUUGAGGAACGCUGGUCCACUCCAUCCCAAGAUAACACCGGCACAUGCGUAGUUCUGCUGUCAGCCCCAGGAGCCGCUUGCUGAUACGUCCCAACCAUGCCCCUUCCUGUUUAUAAUGAUGUAAUUUCCUGUCAAGCUGCUAGCGAACCUGUUAGCCGAGAUGAAUGCAAACUUGCUGGUCUUACUAUGACCGGAGCGAACGCUCAGUGUGUGUGUGUGUGUGUGUGUGUGUGUAUGUGUUUGUGUGUGAACCGGAUCAAUUAUUUAAUGCUGCUGUGUGAGGAGAAGAAGCCUUGAAGUGUGUGUUGCUUAUGUUUGUGUGUUAUCCUGAGCACGUUUGUCUUAAAUAUCAUCCAAUGUCAUAGAAAACCGCCCGGCCCUUGCUUUUACUAUGCCAGUGGUGUUUUUUAUUCAGAUAUCUAUUUGUGAAUACAAUCAACGUUUGACGACAAAUUUUGUUUUCUAAAUUGGGGUCUAGAAUUUAACGGCAACUUAGUUUUCUAAUCGUGUUUGUACAUCACGCUUCCCCGGAAUACCGCUGAAACUAUUUAUUAAUAUUUGCUAUGUGUUUUACUUGAUGUUACAUAUACAAAACUAUCUUCGAUGAGCAAUAGGCAUCUUGAACACUGCAAGUUAAAGGAAUAGUUCACCAAAAAUGAAAAUGGUCAUCGUUUGCUCUUCCUCGUGUCGUUUUGAAGCUUUUCUUUGCUAAACAACAUGUUUUGAAGAAUCCUCGCACUUAAUAUACAAUGAAAGCAUUAAAAAGGCAUUUGAUGAACACAUUCUUCAAAACAUUUGUCUUCCAUGGCGGAAAGGCAGAAUUUUCAUUUUGAGGUGCACUGUUUCUUUAAAUUGUACUUAUGGCAAUAUGUUCGGUCUGUAUGAGAUCAAAUGAGAAGUUGAAGUUCAAGCAAGAACAUGUUUGCGUUUCUUCCUCGAGAUUAUUAUUUGUCACACCACUGUGUAUGAGUAACACUCACUAACUGAAUGUGAAUUAUUUCGCUUCGUCCUGCUUCAGUCGACCUCUGACCCUUUAAGAGAUUCACUGGUGGCUGUGAGAAACGUUUUGAGUCACUUAGCUCCACCGAAACUGUGACCUGUCCCUUUAAGAGAGGUUUUAUCUUGAGCUUCUCUAUUAAGUCACAUUGAGCGACGUGUUAAAAAAGGGAACUGGUCAUUUCAAAGCGAGAACGCUUUAUGUGAAGAGCGUUUCUAUUAUGCUUUGACGUCCAUCUUUAAACUCCAAAAUCUGCUCUCAUGUGUUUUAUGAAGAAGAAACUUUGUCAGAGAGUUUAGUGGACACAUGUGGUGACUGAAGACUCUAAACCCAGAAUGCGUUUCAUCUGUGUGAUCAUUGGAGCUGAUGUGGAUGUUCUGUUUCCUGUAAGAUGAAACAUCUGCGUUGUGUUGUAAACAUUUCAUUGGAUGGUUGUGUGUCAUCCUAACAUUUCCCGCUCUUCUAUUAAUCCAACCGUUGGGCUUCUUGUACUACUGGUUGUUUAAAACUAUUUUGGAGUUGAAAAUGUUGUCCAUCACACAUAACAGUAAAUCAUUUAAAGGAACGGUUCAUUUACAGAUGAUGAUGAUCUUUUAUUCACCCUCCUGUCAUUCAAAACAAGUGAUGUUUUAUUUCAUAAAACACAGAAGGAGAUUGGUACGAGUCACAAUGCACUUCUAAUAUACUAAAUGUAUGUAUUCGUAAUAAUGUAUCAACAUAUUUAUGCUUAAAUUUAGUUUUUAUUCGGGCUGUCAAGAUUUAAUCGCAUCCAGAUUAAAAGUUUGUGUUUAGGCUACAUAAUACAGUUCCCUCCACUCAUAUGGGCACCCUUGGUAAAUGUAAGGAAAGAAGGCUGUAAAAAUAAAUCUGGAUUUUAAUAUUUUAUACAAACAACUCUAGUAAAUUCCAUCAUUUCAUUAAAGUAAUUUUUUCUUCUCAAAUACAUCCUGUUAAAAAUAAUUGGCACCCCUCUAUUCAAAACUUUCUGCAUCCAAUGUUUGCAUGAAAAACAGUUUUUAGUCUUUUCUUUAAUGUCUGACGAGGUUUGACAUAGAACAUGAUUCCACAUAUCUGAACAAGAUGUCCAGGACCUCUGGUAUAAAAGCAUGCAGAUUAAUAUUGUGGAGUUUAUUUUUGCAUGAGAGCAGAAGAUUUCUUUCUUGAACAGUCUCCCAAAAAACUUUUGUUGAUUGAGGUGCAGUUUUCCUUCUUAUUAUUAAAUGCUUUCGUACCCCCAAAAUUCAACCGAUAACUGCAAUUUUCCAUCUGUGAUCUUUGAAGAGUCAUUGCAUUGAUGUGGGAAAUUAGAUUUUUUUUUAGAGUUUUAGAUCUUAUGAACUAUUUCCUUAAAGCCAUUUUGUGUAGCUCAACAGAGCUAUAUUGUACAUCAGAACUAUGUUCUUUGGUUUUAUCCAUUGUGAAAAAUGAUCACGGGGGUAAAAAUGUACCAUAAAGUAGAUGAUGGGUCCAUUGUAUUUACAGCCCAUGGAAAGAUUUGGGAACCUAUGAUGUUUAGCUUGUGCGACAGUAAUCGCCAUCCACUUUUGUUCUGCCCAUUUAUAUUUAAUGUCAUAUGAGGUCAGAAGGACAUGAGGGUGAGUAAAUGAUGUAGAAUCUCGUCUUGAAUUGUUCCUUUAAGGCUUUCCAAAAUUGGGGUGACUUGAGUUUAAAGUCACAUGGCCUCCAUCAUCAUUCUGCUGGUUUCCAGUAAUGUAACAUCAGUUCUUGCUGGGAUGUUUAGUGGUGUGUUUCGAAAGUGUUUAAAGCUUUAUAAACAGCAAUAACAACACAUCAGACGUCCUGAAAAUUCAUUAUGGCUGUACUUGACGUAACUCUAACCUGACGUGAGGAGGAUGGAGGAACGUUUUUUUGCAUUCGAGAAAAGCUGUCCCUUUAAUAAUGUUUCUCUGUUCUGUUCAUUUUAAUUUGACAGUAUUUUAAACCGCAAGGAGUGUUGAUAUUUUUUGCUUCUGCAAGGGUUUCCUCCCUUCAACAUUUAUGUAGAAUAAAAUGAACCUAUUUUAAGAUGAAUAAAUAGAGAUAUUUAAAGAGUACAA